GUCGUGUCCCAGAUGCAGACAGCAACAUGAAUUUAGCAUGUUUUUAGAAAUAUUUCCAAAUACCGAAUAAAUCAGUGCCUCUUCCAAUUCUGAUGUUGAUCUGAAAGCCCAGGAUGGGGAACACACAGCAGGCACAGGGCGUUCAUGAUUCAUUCCAAUUAAUGACAGACAAAACAAGAGAAAUAAACCUCGCAAGAUCACUCAACUACAGGCAGUAUUGCAGGCAUGUUGAAGGGAAACAGGAAGACAGCUGCCUCACGGAGAUUCCUGCCAAUCUGCUAAGCACCCUCUCCCUUACUGAGAGGAUGAACAUUUCUUUCAACAUGAUUCCCGAGCUGCCAUCGACCUUGCCACUGUGUUGUCCCCAUCUUGUGUACCUUGAUAUUUCUCACAACCAGUUACAGAAUUUACCCGAUGACAUAGGUCAUAUUUUGCAUCUGGAGACCUUACUCGUGAAAUAUAAUCAGUUAAGGAGGUUGCCGUACUCUUUAUUCCAUCUUACAAGGCUCCUGAAGUUAGACCUGUCCCAUAACAGUUUGAAGACGAUUUCAAGUGAAGUUAUACAUUUGGAAAGUCUUGAAAAGUUGAAUGUUUCAAAGAACAGGUUAACUGCAUUACCAUCUUCCUUAGGAGGAGUGAAAACAUUAAAAGUAUUACUAGCAAGUGAAAAUCGGUUUUGUGAACCUUUACAAAAGAUUUGUGAAUAUGGCUCGGAUGAACUUCUUGCGCAUUUGCGGAAAAACUUUAAUCUAUCUGGACAAUGUCAGAUGUCUGGCUCAGCUGGGGGUAACAUGUUCCCAAGGGUGAGGGGUAACCAUCUUCACAGCUCGGUGCCCAACCCCCAGUCAGCUCAGGUUCAGUACAUCCAGGCCCAGACACACACUGCAAACACCUCCAGCAGAAUAAAGUCUCCACUUUUACCCCCACGCGGGGCCUCAGAUCUUGAGGCUUUCAUGCUAAGGGAUAGAAUCUUGGGGCUGUUAUUUGGUGCUGCUAUCGGCGAUGCUAUGGGGCUGGCCACGUGCUGUAUGACUUCUGACGAGUGUCGAUUCCACUAUGGCGGGGAAAAUAUCACGUAUGAUGAGAUCUUGCAGGAUGAGCUGCGGGUUCGCUGGAAACAGGGAGACUGGACUUCAAACUUUGAUAUGAUGGUGCUACUACUGGAGAGUGUUCUAGGCUGGGCAGGUGUUCUGGACGAGUUGGAAUUCGCCCGAAGACUGCGGGCUUGGUGUCUCCAUGGGCAUCCAGAACUUGGUGAUAAGGCUGGACUCGUGCUCAGUGAAACUGUCAAACAGGUAGUAGAGCAUCCAGAAUUCCUGAAGAAUCCGCACAUAGCAGCAACAAGCAUUAUGACUAAAUCAAACAUUCACGUGUAUGCAGUAGAACACAACAGCUUAGGUAACGAAAAUGGUGACGACGAUGAUGAAAAUCCGAGUGAAUGUAGUGAGGACAGUGAUUCUGAGAGCUAUUGUGAAAAUCAGACCACUGGGCCGCUGUUUCCGAGUUCACAUCCGUGUAUACCUUCAAAACUGUUUGGAACUGAUAACGGGGAAUUAGUGCAGAUAGCUAUUCUGGGUGUGCCAUAUUUCCACGAUGUUGAGGAGGUAGAAGCCAACACAGCCAGGAUAUGUAAGACGACCCAUGGUCGACCUGUGUGUGUUGCAGCAUCAGUUCUUGUAACAAAUCUCGUGGCUCAGAUGUUACAGGGGAGAAGUGACUUGACGUGCCACAAGUCAGUGGAGGAGAUGGUUAGCCGAGCUGUUACCAUAGCAACCAAACACAUACCUGACAGCUGUCAACAGGAAGAAUUUAACAGAUAUGUCAACCAUACCUCACUGUCAAGUGUAAACUUCCGAGAGCAGUUCAACAUGUCGUACAGUUUAAAGGCCAUGUCAGCAGGACUUAUCGCCUUAAAAUCUCAACAGUCUUUCAAGUCAUUCAUGAUGAGUUUAUUUAUGGAGGGUGGUGACAGUAACAGCAAUGGCUGUGUGGCUGGUGCCCUGCUUGGUUGCAGGCUUGGCUAUUCCAGGUUACCCCCUGACUGGCUCAAAGGUCUUAGAAAACCAGAAACAGACUGGCUUAAUGUGAAAAUUAACCAUUUUCUUGACAUGAUUGGUCUUCCAUGACAAUUGAGUUUUCUUUCUUCAAUUCCUGCAAGCUUCCAUUGAGUUGUUGGAUUGCUGAGAAAUAAAAAUGAAUACUCUCGCACCUUGCACAACAGCGAGACACUUCUAGUGCCAUAGAAUAAUUUAAACUACAUCAAAAUAUACGACAAAACCUAAGUGACUCAGUUAUAUUUUAAUAAAUUGCCUGUUUUACUUCAUAUACUGCUCUAUCCGCUGGGCAGAAACAUGGUUGUAAAUUAUAUUUUCAAUUUCACACCUACGAGGCUAUGUAAAACACCGUCUGUAAAGUUACUCAAUGUUUUAAGAUGCAUUCAUAGUAUUGCAUUUACUAAAAGAAACUAUUUGAAGAAGGCAAGUUGAGUGCUUAUUCAGCCUAUCUUAAGUAACUAAGAUAUUCUUCAUUGAACGUUUAUGUAAGAAAUAGUUUAUUUUUAUUAACAUAUGAGUUUUUUUAGUUUGAAUUUUAUUCACAAUUUUUUAUGUUGAAUCAUGUUGACUUCCACUGUCUUUCAUUAAGAUACAAUGUAGCUCAUAACAGCUAAUGUUCAAGUUUUAGUAUUUAAGUUGAAGUUUUUUAUAAAUCAAUGUUUACAAAAUUGCAAGCUCGUAAAGUAUAUACUGGGUCAUCCAGAAAGAAUGUGAUUGAUAUUUAAAUUAUUUUGAAGUGUGUUUAAUAUCAGAUUUAAAUUUAGUUGUAACAUUGUUUUAUUUUUAACCACUACAAUAUUACUCAUUAUGAAUAAAAUGUGUUCAGUUGAAAAGGCAUUGAUUCAAAGAACCUUCUAUUGACUUUUGUAUAUGCCAUGUGUUUUGUUUUUGUUGCUGUUUUUAUCAAAUUUUAUGUCUGUUGCAAAAAUGAAAAAUAUGCACAAUUUUUCCAAACAGUUUUUGUAAUUAUGCGUAUUUCAAGCAAGAGAUCUUACAUGUAGUGUAUUAUUAUUAUUUUUGUUAUAAAUUUGUACAGUUUUCAUUAUUAUUAUUUUUGUCUAAAUGGAGACAUAUUGCUUUUGGCAUGGUUUACUGUCCAUCAGUCAGUUUGUCUGUCUGUCCGUCUGUCAUCAAAUAAUGUAAAGCGCAAAUCUUGAAGAGUAAUAGAGUGAUGAAACUUCACAAGUAUGUUAACUGGCAUGUCAUGUUUAGCACAUGAGGUUUUGUGUGUUGGUUAGCCAAAACGGUGCAGAGUGAUGGACCAUGACCUAAAUCAAUAAUAUAGACAAGAAAGCAGUUUGGUGUCACAUUUCUGAAAAAAAAUAGCCAGAGUAAUUAAACUUCUCAGGAGUGUUAAAGUUGCGCCCAUGGUGUUCUGUGUGUUGCUUCACCAAAGAUGUGCAGAGUUAUGGCCCUUUACUUAGUUUUAAAUUAGUCUAAAGAGCAUGCAAUCAUGUGUCACUCAUAUCUUUGAAAGAAUAUGGCACCUGGGGUUACGUUACUGUAUAUGUAUGGUGGCACCCAGUAAGUGUUUGCCCUUAACUUUGUGAAAAUCUUGCAUUAAGAGCACACAAUCUUGUGUUGCGCUUACAGGUAUCUCAAAAAUAUGUUCGCCAGAGUGCUAAAACUAUACAGGAAUGUUACAGCAUCUGAAGUAGUUGACCUGGGGUUAUGUGUGUUGCUUCGCCUUAAAGGUGCAGAGUUUUGGCUCUUGAUAUAGUUAUAAAAAGGGCCUAUAGAGCAUACAACCUUGUGCCGCUCGUAUUUGCAAAGUAUGAAAAUCACAGUGAUGAAACUUCACCGGAGUGUUAAGCAGAAUCAAAAGUUUUGUACCUUGUGUCAAGUAUGUGGCUGACUGCCUUGUGGCCCUUGACUUAGUUAAAAAUGGUUAUAAUGCAUGGAAUCUUGUGUCAACCCUGUCUCAGCAAGUGUAUGAGCCAGAGCCAUCAAACUUGAAAAUAAUAAAACCAGCAUGUGAAGUUGUGGACCUGGGGGGAUUGUUUGUGUCUGUGCCUAGCAGAGUUAUGGCCCUUAUUUUUUAUGCUUUCACAUAUAGAUUACAUUUCUUCAAACAUGUUCCUGUGAAGAAGGCACAUCAGUUAAAUGCUCCUGUAAAGAGGAGAUAUCAGUAUUCAACUGACUUUUUUUUAGUUCCAUUUGAUUUUUGGUGCAUGAUCUGCAUGGUUAUUAUAUUUUAGUAUUACUUUAUUCCAUGUAUUUUUUAUUAAAUUUAUUAUUAAUUGUUUUUAAUGUCUCAGAUAUAUUUAUGGUACAUUGUUUUUAAUUUCUAUUUCAAUCUCAGUAAAAAUUUAAAAAAACUA